UAUGUGGAGUGGAUAGAUAGAUGUGCAUAUGUUACAUGGCUAGCCUCACAAAUAUCGAGGGAUAUACCCUGUCUAUUAUUUCCAGGGGGGGCCAUGGCGUAGAUGGAGAGUCCUAGAGUAUUUAAUGCUCAUUUUGAGCUACGCAGACCCAAUUAGAGCCCGCGCUCUACUAGACAACUCCCGGCAACAUCCAACGGCCCACACAGUGUGCCAUCUUCCCAAUUUCCCUCACAUGGCUUGGGUUAACCCGGGGCUAUGGUAACAUUCACUCGCCCAUGUUAAAUCGCUGUCAAGAGGAAUCGAACCCCGGUCUCCCGCACAGAGUACGAGAGCUAUAACCACUAAUCUACGGCGCCACAGAUUUGUUUUUUUUCGCGUUCUUUUAUAUACACAUUGAUUGCUAGCAACCUACCUACGAUGGCCUCUAUGGCUUACUUCUCUUCCAAUUUAAAUUCAUUUCUCUUUUAUUCGGCGAUUCGGUUUGACGUAAUAACAAGUUAUUUGGAGGUGAACGUUUCCGUAUUUUAGAUGAGAGUGCAAAAGCUAGACACAUUUUGGAGUUUAAGAACAAUGUUAGGAAGUUUGAGCCAAAAAAAUUUUGGAGCAAAAUCUAGAUAGCUAAGGUCAUUUCCAAAUAGAAUUUUAUUGGGUACAGGAUCUUUCCCCCCGAUCAGGUGAAAGAGGGUGCCGACUAAGCCGCAAACGCCCGCAUAUAUAAGGACGAGUUUGGGCAACUUUUCAAAUUAAAUUGACGGUUGUCCGCCGAAACCACCCGCACUUUCGCAGAUGGAAGAGGAUCUCCCGAAACGUCGCCUACUAAACUAUCGUGUUCAGGAAAUGAUAAACUUUCCACAGUAGUGUGACUUAAAUUGAUAAAAUACGCUAAAGCUUACUGAUUUAACAGAAUUUAUUAACAUGCAUAAGUCUAGUAACAUUUACCCCCUGUUUUUGAUUUUUUGUGGCUUACAGGUCGGAACAACUACAAAGGUUAAUGUCAGCCAGGUAAAAUCACAUCACAAAAAAUUAUGAUAUGUCGGAAUCACAAUCACAAUGGUUGUGUCCAUAAUCUGAACCUUUCAUGUGAUGCAUUUUUAAUGGUUUUGUUGUUCAUAUGUAUAUGAUAUGCUUUGUAUAUUUUUUAGCGCUCCAAUAAAGAAUUGUGAAAGAAAUAUAGAAAUAAUCUUCCUGAAUUUAAUUCAUAAAAGUUUUUAGAAUGGCUGAAAAUCCUUAUUCUUACCACAGUUUAUCUGGUUUAGAGAGAGCAAAAACAGAGAGAAGUCUCCUAUGCUUACUGCGUGCAUGUCAAGGUUAUCGAACUAUGGUGGAGCUUCGAAAUGAGACAACUGUACUGGGAAAAAUACUUAAUUGUGAUGGCUUUAUGAAUCUCACUGUUGAGGACGUAGUAGUUAAUAAGAUUUCUGGUGAACAACAAGAAUUUACACACAUGCAUAUAUUGGGUAGCAAUAUUCGAUAUGUUCACAUCCCUGAUGAAAUUGAUAUGCAAAGUGCUAUUCUUGGAGAAUUAACUAAACUUAAUAGAUCCAGGAGAACAGGGUCACAAUUUGGCAGGGGGAGGGGUAAUUUCAGAAGUAGAGGUAGGGGGAGAUAAAAAGUCAGCAAAAAAGAAACACCAUAACCAGUAUAGCAGAGGACAGUUGUUUUUCGUUAGAGUUUAGUGAAGAUGAGUUUGUUAACACAAAGUGUGCUUUGGCGAUGAACAAUGGUAAAUGGCUCUGUAACAUCAUUUUUAACAAGUUCAUAAAUUAUGAGAGUUCAAAUAUUAGAAAACAUAUAGAACAUUUAAAAGAAAUAACUAAUAACAGGUUAUUAUAAAGCCCUCUGGAACCAUGAAAGAUUUAUCAAGCUUUUUUGAAUAUGUCGUA